ACGCAUCAUAGCUAAAAAGGUUCAUAUUUUCUGUGAAUAUAAAGAAUUUCAUUCUCUGUAAGUCAUUUUCAAUGUGUGUCUGUUGAGAAAAAUUAGGACUUACACUUCCGAAAAGCUCCCGUGGUUUUGCUAGUUAACCUAAAAUUAGCAUAUUUUCUUUUUUUAUCAUGAACAUUUGAUGGCAAACUAAGUCUAUACGAAAACAGCGAAACAUAUAAUUGUUUGCAUCCCUGAAUGUUUAGUAUACGAAGAUUUGGGACGAAAUAAUAAAGUAUUGCUAAAAAAGUCGGAGGCAGCCUGUAUAAUAACUGGUCACAGAAUAUUUCAAAUAAAUCGUUUUGCCUCGGUUUCGUUUGCUCUCAUGAAUCAUUCCGCAAGAGAGGUUGUAAACUGUACCUUACCUGAGAAGUGAGCAAGCUGAUGAAGGCAGUGAAAAAUGGCAAUUCUUGGUAUCCAGUUUGUUAUAAGCUUCACAGCUGCACUGUUUAUGCAGAAGUUAUCACCAUAUUAUUCUUUGGCAAGAUGGAUCUUGUGCAACAAAUUGUACCGUUAUUUAUAUCCCAGUAAUGAUGCCCUGAAAGCCCUUGCUGGCAGAGUAGUUACCAAGCCUGUUAAAGGAAAAAGGAACAUAGACUCAAAAAAAAAUGUUUCAAAUGGAGGACAGGUAGCAAGAAACAUUGAAACAUUCACCAUCCCUUGUAACCUUGAGAUAACACUUGAGCAAGCAAAGGUGGAAGAGGUUGAUUUAUACACACAGCAUCGUUAUCAAGAUUACAGAUGGCUUGUUGACAUAAGCCUUUGCGCCUUUGUCGUCUAUUCAUGUGUCGAAAUUGCAGUUCUUUGGAAGAGUGAAGUAAGGGCUCAAGAGUUCAAUCUGAGUCUCGUCUGGUGUUUGAUGAUCGUUUGUUUUGCAAUAAAAGAGCUAGCAUCUCUAACUGCAGCUUACUGGCAUGGCCAGGAUUCAGGUGAAAGAGCAAUGUGCAUAUCGUUUGGCUUGUUCUUCCUUGUUCUCUCUAUGGGAGUCCUUGUUAUCGAUGAAUCUAUUUUGGAAUUUGGGCUGGAAAAUGGUUAUAAGAGUUUCAUGGAUAAUUUGAUAUCGUGUAUGAAAGAGCUAGGCUUUACCACAAGAGAGCCCCCUCCGCUAUGGUCAUUCAAACUAGCCCUCGCAGUGAUGUCGGCCUUGGUUGGAGCUUUCGUUGGGUUCCCUGGAUUGCGAUUGGCAAACAUGUACUUGGAUAGUCUAUAUUACCACGAAUCACAGCCUCUUUUUCAGGUGCUCUUACAUGCAGCAUUUAUUGGGCCUAUUUUACCAGUUCUUGCUUGGAUACGCCCUCUUGCAAGGGAAAAUCUGGUAUCUUUGGAUGCUAACUCACAGAAUUCGCUAUCAUUAACUACUGAGAAUUUUCCAAAAGCACGAAUCUUGAUAGUUUUAUCAGUGUGCUUGCUACGAAUGGCAAUGACAAGAACGUCCCUGCAAUCCUAUUUGAACAUGGCAAAUGAACGAGUAAAAAAGUUGCGUAAGGAGACUGGCAAGAUAACCAAUGUUCAGCUGCAGAGCAAGGUUGCAAGAAUAUUUUUCUACAUGUCAACAGUUGCAUUACAGUAUCUUGCUCCAGUAAUUUUGAUUUUCUUUUUAUCGUUAUCCUGGUUAUCAGUUGAUGCUGCAGGCUCAACCCCCGCGUCUGUUGCUUUAAAUGCCACUAGCAAUUCAACGGUCUUCUCAGAAGGAACUAGAUACGUAGCCGUCCUUCGCAGGGCAUUUUACUGCGGGGAACUCAUAAAAGGACUUGUCUCGUAUUUCACAUGGUGGACAUCGCUUACAUGGUUAAGCACAUCACUGUUCGGUGUUUGCUAUUUACGAACCUUUAAUAGUUAAUGCUAAACAUAAAAUCUGUAGCGCCAUACGUUUUAGAAGACUCGUUUUGUAAAGGUUUUGUAAAGUCAUCUGAAGAAACUUUUAAAUUAUUGUCUAGAUCUUGAUUACCACACAGUGUGUCAUACUUCUCACGUAUCGAUGAUUUUAGCCUAUAUUUUUGAGGGAAACGUCUUACCUACUUGAUUCUUAC